AUGUCGGAACUCGAAGAAUAUUUGAAUGAUUCCUUGAGCCGCUUGUACACCCUUGAACCGUCAUCGAUCCACGACGGACUUCAACGGCUUGAUGCAUUGCUUGGUCAACUAUGUGUUCAAACAAAUAACCACAAAAAGCUGAAGAUGCUUAGCCAAUAUAAGGAUGGCAGGAAUCUCAAGAGCCAGUAUAAUCACCUUAAAAGGUGGAAAGUUCCGGAUGAGGACGACGCGAUAUUUGGGGAGUUCAUUAAACUCCAAAACAGCUUUGAAUACAAUAUUGCCACGGGAAUGAUCUUUUGCUUGAACCAAUUCAACAUCAAGACCAACAAUAAAGGAAACAUUUACCCUCAAGAGUUCAUUUUAUUGGCCCACAAGGUUCUCCAAGGGGUGCUUCUACUCCAUCCAGAAUCCAGAAAUUUGUUCUUCAGAGAAGCCAACAUGAAAUUACUAUUAAGUUUCUUGGUCAACUAUAAGCAUUACAUGCCUCUGGUUCAAUGCAGCGCAGUGCAAACUUUUGUUUGUUGUCUCGUUAGAUCGGUGAAAAAUCUUCGAAAAUUCGAGACCUUGGGGGGUGUAGAGAUCACUUGUAAUCUUUUCAAUAAAAAAUCAACCUCAAAAGAAGUCAAGUUGAAGAUUCUUGAAUUUUUGUUCUUUUACUUGAUUCCGGAAACUAACAUAAACUUGGAAAAAUCUUUUGAAAUGGACCUCGAUGAAAGUGUUAUUCUUAAUCAAUCCAAGCAUUUGUACAAGGAUGGGUAUAUUAGAAGAACCAUGAAAGAAAAGGCUGCUAACUUGAAGCAGUACAUCGCUAAUGUUGAUGACUUGGUACAAGAAUUGGUCACAAGCAAGCCUUUUGGUGAAAUGAACAUUGAGUGGUAA